UGAAACCAACGAGAGGGACGGCCAUAGUGAAUGGCUAUGACAUCACCAAACACCUGGACAAGGCCAGGUCCAGCCUAGGCCUCUGUCCCCAACACGACAUUCUAUUCAACAAGCUUAAUGCCAAAGAGCAUUUGAUCUUUUACUCAAAGGUAAGUUGUCACAAUCAUCUCAGAUAUUUAAAUUAAGUAACGCAGCGGUCCCCAACCUUUAUCUCUCUCGCGGUACCGGUUUUUAGAAUUAAUUUCUAAGGAGGAGCCCCUUAGGCCUACCCCCAGUUCUUACAGGUGAAUAGUGUAUAGGUCUAUUUUGUUUCCCGGAGCAGCCGUCCGAGCCCAUGAGAAGUGCAUGCGGAGCACAGGUUGGGAACCACUGGUGUAAGAUAGAUAAAUUAAUUUGCCACAGUUGGGUGGGGGGUGGGGGAGGGGCUCAGACUGAUGUGUCACGCUAAUGUAAGGUAUUUAAACGUAGAGUUACAACUGACCGGCAAUGAUAUUUAAUACUUUUUCGAGAAAAACCUAUUAAUUGGCCAGUGCCAUAGAUCUCAGUGGGAAAGGCUGUUGGGGGAAGGUUCAUGGGGAGAUGUGAAAACGAGAGACAUCAACAUGGAGAUCUGCCACAACAACCACUCUAGACAUUAAUACAAUUAAAUUAAAUUAAUGUCGAGCAAUAUGGGGUGGGUCUGAAAAUUUGAUAAAAUUUGUUAACAUUUGAAAAAAAAGGGGCUAUGAGCCAAGUUUCAGCUCGAUAUGAAGUGAGUCAUUUAGUCGUUCGAAGAUUUCACCAGCCAGCUACGAACAAAAGUGACUGAAAAAUAAAUACUGUGUGUUAGUUCGUCAGUGUCUGAGUUUUGGAAUAUCAAGUUUCAGAGUAUAUGAAUAACAAGUUUCCGAGUUUUUGAAAUACCAAGAUUCAGAGCUUUGAAAUACCAAGUUUCUGAGUUUGGAAUACCAAGUUUCUGAGUUUUGGAAUAUCAAGUUUCAGAGUUUAUGAAUACCAAGUUUCUGAGUUUUGGAAAAUAAGGUUUCUGAGUUUUGGAAUAUCAAGUUUCAGAGUUUAUGAAUACCAAGUUUCGGAGUUGUGGAAUACCAAGUUUCUGAGUUGUGGAAUACCAAGUUUCUGAGUUGUGGAAUACCAAGUUUCUGAGUUGUGGAAUACCAAGUUUCUGAGUUGUGGAAUACCAUGAAGAAUUCAGAAUGAAAGCUGGAAAGUUUUCUAGAGCAAACGCUUUUGAAGGUUUCGUAGACUUCAAUCAGGAUCCGAAGCAUAAAAACACAUAAGGAUUGAUGGGAUAUCAUUAAGUUUAUGAAGUGAUUUAUAUGAUAUUUUGUUGUUUUUGAUGCGAUUUAUAUAUUCUUGUUAAUAAAUGUUAAUGAUGUGAUUUAUAUGAUAGUUCUGUUUAGGGUGUGAUUGAUAUGGCAUUUUUGUUUAUGGUAUGAUCAAUAUGCUAUUAUUGUUUAUGAUGUUGUUUAUACAUUUUUGUUCAUGAUGGGAUUUAUAUGACUUUUAACAUUUUAACAUGUGAUUCAUAUUAAAGCUCCAUGGACAAUAUAACAAAAGUUCCAAUGAGGAGAUCAGGAAACUACUGAUUGACGUGGGACUUGAGUCCAAGAUGUUCACAUACGCCAUGAAUUUGUCUGGCGGCCAGAAGAGGAAACUGUCGGUGGCCUGCUCUUUCAUUGGGAAUACCAAGGUAAGAUAGUAUGGGGCAAUAUCUGAGGUGGGAUAAGAUAUGGGACCCUAUCUCCGGUAAGAUUAAAAAAAUAUGGGGCAAUAUCACUGGUGAGGUCAGAUAUGUGUUUAUAUCUCAGGUGAGGUCAUAUCGGGACAAUAUAUCAGGUGGGUUCAGAUCGGGACAAUAUCUCAGGUGAGGUCAGAUACAUUUUGCCUGUAUUAAAUCUCUCACCUACUUCUGAUCUAUAACAUUCUAUCUGUCCUCUUGGAUACUACAUUGCAGAUAAGAGCUUAUUUUUAUUUUAAAUUUUUUUAUUUUAUUUUAUUUUUUAAAUUUUUUACUGUUGUUGGUUCGCUGAUGAAGGCUUCUUGCCGACACGUUGGUUGCGUCCUUUUUCGGGUUUUCCCACACUUUAUGUCACUCAUUUUUUCCCCACUAUGACACUCAUUUUAAUGUUGAUUAAAAAAAUUGAACUCAGAUCAGCACACGGUAACAUGGGGAUUUUUCUUAUACCCACGUGAAAGGUAUCAAUAAAAAUAAUGUAUACAAAUGGUACUUAAUGGAUAAUUCCAUUUGUUUCAUUUAGGUUUUUUGGUUCAUGCUUCAUUUUUAACCAUUUUUACUGGGGGGGGGGUUGGAGAGGGAGGGUGAGACAGUUGACUUGAUUGGAGGGCACUGCCACUAGCAUUCCCCCCCCACCCCCUAUUGGAGAGAUGGCUGAAAGAAAGACUGGUUGUUGCAAAAUUUCAUUCUAUAUUUAUUUAGACCUAAUGCAGACGAUUGAAACAAAAAUAAUUGGUAUGGACUUUCGGUUAUUUCGAAAAGCGUUGAAAACAAACACAAAAUGCUGCGGCAAUUCGGACCCGGGUCCAAGAAGUGAGAGUUUGGGUUUUAUACAAAAAAAAUUAAAAAUUAUUGUAGGGUUUGUAAGACAAAAUUUGGUAUCAAAUGAAAUAUAAUUGAAUAUGUUUGUAAACUUACUUCUUCAGUUUAACUAAAAUAAACUACCGCAAAUGACAUCCAAAUAGCAUUUAGUCAAACUGGAACCGGAAACGCAUCGCCGCUAUUCGGACCCGGGUCCCAUUAGACUAAAUGCUAUUGGUAUGUCAUUUGUGGUCGUUUUUUUUAGUUAAACAGAAGAAGAAAGUUUACAAACAUACGGUCCAUUCAAUUAUCUUUUAUUUGAUACCAAAUUUUGUCUAACAACCUAACAAUACUAUAUUUUUUUUAAAUUUUAAUCUUAACCUCUCACUUCUCGGACCCGAGUCAGAAUAGCCACUGCGAACACAAAAUGCACGGUGUAACGUCUCAGUAAUUGGGGGAUAUUUUGAAUAUUGAGAGAGAGAGAGAGAGAGAGAGAGAGAGAGAGAGAGAGAGAGAGAGAGAGAGAGAGACGAGACUUAGAACGAGAUUAGAGGAGAAGCAUGGUGUAACCGCGAUUAUUGAAGGAUUGUUAAGAAAGAAGGAUCGUAGACUUAUUACAAUCAUUCUUGUAAUAUUGAAGGCGUCAGCAUUCAUUGUUAUAGUGUUUUAUAUUAAUCUUUACCGUGAGUACGACUAUUAACAAAAGCGCUCCAAAAUACCCACACAAAAAAUGUGUUUGUAGGAUUCAGCAGAUGCGUCAAAUGUUUUUUUUUGCCCCCCCCCCACAGACGGUGUUCCUUGACGAGCCAUCGUCUGGCCUUUACCCAAGUGCUCGGCGUGAAC